AUGGCAAAGGGGUUUUGGAAGUCCCAGAGCGUCCCUCCAUUCUCGGGACAGAAGAGGCAGACUCGCCGAGAGAGAUUCGAGAGGCGUUGGAGGAAGAUAUCAUGGAUUACCAUCAAGAAGGAGGACAUCAAAAAGCUGGAAAGGGAUCUGCACGGACAUAUUCUAGCCCUGCAGCUGUACGAGGGUUUUCUUCAGCAUAUGACUCUCUGCAAAGUGGAGACAGACGUGAGCGAACUAGCGCUUCUCACGCGCAAGACCGAGCUGCAGACCAAAGCGAUCUACGAGAUGCUUCAAGCGAUCUGCAGCUUUAUUCCACAGUACAUCGCCGACAGGCAGCACAAGCACCAGCCAACCACGUUCCAGACCGCAAUGGGCCGCUACAUUGGCAUUCCACGCGAGUGCUGCAUCACCAUGGAACAACUCCAGCGCCACGUCGAAAUCAUCUUCGCGGGGACACCGGGUCACAAGAAAAUCAUGCGAAGGGAGUACUUUCUCGAAGAUGUCUCUACAAUGACCGAUAUUUCACCGGCCAAUUGGGAAUGGACCGUCACAGCCCGAGCCCACAUCGCCAUGACUGUUCUUUCCCGGCUUACCCUAGCUAAAACGAGUGACCUUUCCUAUACGUGUCCGAGGUGCGAUACGAACAAUGUUAAUGGCAUCCUACGCCAGGGGAUGAGUGAAUGUGUCAACUGCAAACUUAUAUACGAGGUAGUCGAUGCGACGCGCGACACCAAACACGGUACCCCAACCUGGUUCGAACAAAAGUACCCCUCUCGGCUCCCAGUGAGCAACCAGCAAAACGCAUUCUGCCGCCUCCGCGACAUGCGCGAGAUCCAGGACGUAAAUCCCACCGCGGAAACUCCAAUUUUCCGCGGCAACGAUGGCUACCUCCGAAACGGAUUCGUCUUUGGCACACUGCCCCCACUUACUAUACCGGGACUUACGGUGUUUUGCUGUCGGUGUGGUAAUGGGCCCAGGCGGCGGGAGUUUCCGCUGAAUGUCUGUUUGGGGUGUGAUCAUAAUAUGUGUCCGAGGUGUACCGAGAGGAAGUGA